CAAAAAUGUUGUGAAACAGGCUUUUCGUCGUGGCUGCGCAGUGAGGGCAACAGUGACGCACAUGAAAGGACCUGGUGCCAUAUCGACUAAGGGCAGCCGGCUAGUUAGGCGGUAGGCUAAAAUGCUGUGUAGUCAACUUUCGAGAAUGUUUCGGGGCCCACAAAUGGUGAUUGGGUCAAGUCUGCGACUGAAUGAAGCCCACACAAGUGUUCUUUCCAAUCCUACGUGUGCUAGAUGGCAUGUCAACGAACCAACAUGUGAAGGCCUUCAUGGAAGGAGGGGAUGUUCCUUCGUGUCCACAGAGACUGUAUCCUGCCCAACCAAGCAUUCUUUAUUUAGCUCUCACUGUGAAACUCAACUAACACAACAGACCUCAUUUCAUAACCUCAAAUUUAAGGCUCCUACAAAGUCCAAACUAUUGUAUUCUCGUUGGAAGCACACUAAAGUGGGAGAUUUUGUACAGAACCCCGAAACUCUGAACGCACAUCAGGACUGUUUAGCCACCACAGCUUGCCUUCCACCCCGGAAAAGACAUGGGGAGCCUUCACACUCACAUUUUACCAGUCAAAGUUACUGUAGUAAUUUCAGCUACAGGCAAAACUUUGAAAGAUCUUUACAAUGGUUAAAAAACAUCCACAACAGAGCACACGCCUAUAGCCUCUCUUUUCACCAAACCAGAGCAGUUCAUGCAGCCUGGAGUGAUUGUCUAACACUGGACAAUGAAAACAGGUGUCGACAACUCCUGGGGCCCAAUUUGACAAUUUAUGAAGUGGACAAAGGAAGAAAAUGUCUCAGUCAGAACAAAGGAAAAAAUCAGGGAAGAUGGGCGUCCAUUCUGGUGUCACUCUGCAGUGUCGGAGGUGAACCAGCGUUUAUCUUCACCCUACGCUCCAGAACGCUCACGGGCAGGCACAAGGGAGACGUCAGCUUUGCGGGGGGCAAGAGCGAUCCGUCAGACAGUGAUGUGGUGGCCACUGCACUGAGGGAGGCACGGGAGGAGCUUGGUGUUAAUGUCUCUCCAGAAAGGGUGUGGGGCGUUCUCAAGCCCCUUCGGGACAUGUCUGGGAUGAUGGUUGCUCCUGUGCUGGCUAACAUAGGUCCUCUUGAGGAAUUGUCCUUCAAACCAAACCCUGGAGAGGUACAGUCAUUUUAGUUAAGGGUCAGUCUCCUGAAAAGGGUACCAAAAGCGUGACAUGGGAAGCAAAAUUGAAAGUCACUUUCACCAAUUUGCAUAUUAAAAUGAAGUAUUAUUUUAAUAUAUAUCGCUAUAUCAAGUCAAUCUAUGACUACAAAUGCUUUGAACUUUCCUUUUAAAUUUUCCAAACAUGCUCCACAAUGGUGACGUAUCUUGCACGUAACACGGAGCACCGCUUUAAACUCCAUGCGAGACUCAACACUGUUCUUUAAAACAUUAUUAGUUAACACUGAAGUAACAUACUUCACUUUCCACGGAAGCAUGAUGUUUAAAAAAAAAAAAAAAAAAAGAAGCAGUUCCCCAAAGUGAACUGAUUAGAAAAAAAUAAAUCAGUAGAAAUCCUGAGAGUAACACGUAUCCUGGACAUUAUGCCAUAUUUCUGAUUUCGGAUCAGGUGUCAGUUUUGUUAGUGUAGACCCGAACAGACCCAAAGAAAAUAUUCAACGCAGUUUCACCUGACGGCACCCUCUUUGGUACGCCUUUCAGAAGACUGACCCUUAAAUGGUUUACUAUUGACUUUGGGUGUGUAAUGUGAGGAGUCCUAUCUAGCUUAGCUGGAUAAAAUAGUGUUCGUUUUUACUAGUGACUGAAUGUAUUUAAAUUUAAUCUGUAUCAUAGCUUCCCAUCUCUAUCGAGUCUGUGUAGUCACAUGAACACACAUCAAUUCAUGUGCAUCCAAAUUCAGAUGUUCUUUUUUUUUUACACCCCCCCCCCAUCUCAGGUGGAAGAGAUUUUCACUUUGUCCUUGUCCCAUUUGUGCGACCCUCAAAACCGUGGCUACACACACUUUCGCACAGGGGACAAGUACGGCUACACGUUGCCGGUGUUUCGUAAUGGGAAGCAUCGAGUGUGGGGACUGACUGCCGUAGCCUU